AUGUAUACUAUAAAAAAUUCCUUGUCACACAUCAAGGAGCAGGAUGGCAGAGACAGUGAAAGUCAUCGUAAGAUGUCGCCCAAUGAACACACGGGAAAUGCAGCUCAAGUGCAAAGAAAACCUCCUCAUGAAAUCACUUCCUACAGACCUAUAAGUCUCUUGCCUAUAGUGUCCAAGUUGUUUGAGAAAUUGUUCCUCAAAAGACUACAAGCUCUUUUUGAAGAAGACGACGUCAUUCCAGGACACCAAUUCGGGUUUAGACGGAGACAUGGCACCGUGGAGCAGAACGUGGUGUUGAUGGACUCAGAACGCUGCACUUGCUCCCUCAUCAACCCCAACGACAGCUCGGCUCCUCCGAAGACCUUCACCUUCGAUGGAGUCUACUACAUUAACUCCACAACGGAGCAGAUUUAUAAUGAGAUAGCUUACCCACUAGUUGAGGGUGUCCUGGAAGGAUACAACAGCACCGUGUUCGCCUAUGGACAAACAGGGUGUGGAAAAAGCUUCUCCAUGCAGGGGGUGGAGGACCCACCCUCCCAGAGGGGCAUCAUCCCCCGAGCCUUCGAACACCUCUUUGAGUCGAUGUCUCUCACGGAAAACGUCAAGUACCUGGUGCUGGCGUCGUAUCUGGAAAUUUACAACGAAGAGAUCAGAGACCUUCUAGGAAAUGACACUAGGAAGAGACUGGAGUUAAAAGAGAACUUUGAUCGAGGCGUUUAUGUCAAUGAGCUAUCCCAUCAUACUGUGGCGAGUGUGAGCGACUGUCAGGAGCUGAUGGAUCGCGGUUGGAGGAAUCGUUCCACAGGAGCGACUCUCAUGAACGCCGACAGUUCCCGGAGCCACUCUAUAUUCAGCAUAUCUGUAGAGAUGAUGCCGUUGAGCGAGUGUUUGGAAGUUAGUCCUAUCCGGCGCGGAAAACUGAGUCUGGUUGACUUGGCGGGGAGCGAGCGGCAGGCCAAGACAGGUGCCACCGGUGACAGACUGAAGGAAGCAACCAAGAUCAACCUGUCCCUGUCAGCACUAGGCAAUGUCAUCUCUGCCCUAGUGGACGGCAAGGCUAAACACAUACCCUACAGAGACUCAAAGCUGACACGCAUGCUUCAGGACUCUUUGGGAGGAAAUACCAAGACAUUGAUGGUGGCUUGUUUGUCUCCUGCGGAUAACAACUAUGACGAGACCUUAUCUACUCUGAGGUACGCCAACCGAGCCAAGAACAUCACCAACAAACCCCACAUCAACGAGGACCCCAAGGACACCAUGCUGCGAGAGUACCAGGAGGAGAUCUACAAACUGAGGAAUCUGCUGGAGAAGAACGCCUUUGUUGGAUCUUCUGCCAUAGAAGAUGAGGUUGUGAAAGCAGAAAAGGAAAAAGUCAAGACAGAGUAUGAGAAAGAGAUGGCCUCUCUGAGAGAACAAUAUGAGGCAAUGCAGCUGUCCAAGACUCAAGUGCAGAACGAUCUUCAAGCUCUCAAAGAGCAAUACGAGAGAGACUUGGCCCGGAUAAACUGUCAGUCUCAGAAUAAACAGCAUAUGCUACCAAAAACACCAACCCAGAAGAUAGUGGAGGAGGUCCUGAAUAGUGAGACUGCAACAUUAAAUGCUGCACAACAAGAAAUAUUAAAAAGACUACAGAAACUGCAGGCCAGCAUGGUUGGAGGAGAGAGAGCCAAUGACAAGGAGUUAAAGGAGAAGCGUCUGCGCAAGAAGAGGCUCGCUGAGCGUAGACUGCAGGCGCUGGCGACAGUGUUGGCCCGAGUAGAGGACGAGGACAAGAGCGGACUGAUGUUGGGAGUCUACGACGACAUUCAGGAGGAGAUGAAAACAGCCAUCCGCAAACACAAGAUGAAGCUGCGAGCUCUGGAGAGGGAAAUAACCGACUUACAAAGUGAGUUUGAGAAUGAGCGAACGGACUACUUGGAGACAAUUCGUAAACAACAGAGGGAAUGUCGCUUUUACCAGCAAGUCCUUGACAAAGUCCUUCCUACGCUUAAGAAGGACUGUAACUACAGUAACCUGGAAAACAUAAGGGCAGAAGCAGUUUGGAGUGAAGACGCUAAAACGUGGAACCUGCCUGAUCUAUCUACCAUUCACACAAGACUACCCCCUGCUGCAGGACCCCAGUGGGGUACACGACUGCCUUCUCAGACUGCUCCUGGACGCUUGGAGAACGAUCCCAUAGGAACUGCAGUCCCGGAUCCGGCGGCCAAAAGUAGCUCAGCUGAGGUCAAUGUCAAACCCAUCAUUGAUGCUUGGAGAAAGAGACUACAAAAAAGCGAUGAAGAGGAUUUUGCUGGAAACUACUUCAAGCCAAAAAGAGCAACGGAACUCUUGAUUAAAUUCAAGGAGGAAGCAGGGAGGCCUGUCAAUGGAUGGAGAGAGACAAGUUUCAUCAAGCCAGUUCCAGGAGCCACAGUUCCCCCUCUGCCUGGAGGGGUCCCUGCUCCCCCCACGGGUCCACUAAACCCCCUACCUGGUCAGAUGUUCCUCAACAGUUCCUGGGGUGCAGGCCAGAUCACAAGUCCUUGGGCAGUUCAAAAUUCCAAGAAUGGAGGUUUCCGAACAUCCCCGGAGUUGGUAAGAAGACCUCUCAAGCUUGAGGCUUUACCAGUCCCCUCCAAAAAGCCGGCUCCAGCUUCCCUCCAAAGAACUAGAGGGUUAAACACUCUGGAUUCCAUCUGAUAGUUACCAACUAUAUUCUCAUAAUGUGCCUAAAGUUUUAUACUAGUAUCAGUACGAAAGUGAUAAAGGUGGUUAAGUAUUGUCUAUUUUUAUAAGAAUACAAUUAAGUUGUAUAUUUUUGAUGAAGAUGGAGUAAGUAUUUGAGUGAAAUAACCAUGCCAAUUAGUAGCUAUAACUUCUGGAAUCACCUCUAUAUGUUUACGCCUAAAGCUGAAUAAAAAAAGAACAACAUCUCUAUGCUUUUAAUUGGUAAGAAUCUGAUUUUAGUG